UGGCAGGAACAGCGCUGUGGGCAUAACUGUGCCUUCCCAUCACUAUUUCCCAGAUCUAACCUUUCGUCCAUUUUAGUAUUUCAUCCCAGCCGAAAACCCAGAUUUCCCCAACCUUCCGACUUGCGUUCCUCCCGACGAACCCGCGGAUCCGCCAACAAUAGCUACAUACGACAGCAAUCUCAAGAGUACACCCAAACCUCUAGAUCAGCAAUCUCGAGCAGUCUCACCGAGUCUGACGUUCGGUACCUCCACACCGAAACUCGUUCCUGCUAAAACGAAUUUUGUUUCUGCAAUCGAGGAUCCUGUGACGUUCCCCAAAGUUUCGAGCAAGCCUGUUGUUCAACAAACGUCGAGUUUUAAGAUGUCGUCAGGCCACGCAGAGUCUACCCCCAUUGCACAAGGGCCCUCAUCUUCCGUCGUUCAGGGGCUGGCUCAAACACCAGUUGCUGCAAAGCCAUCCGGGGGAUUCAGAAGUGUAGCUUAUUUUACGAAUUGGGGCAUCUACGGCCGCAACUACCCGCCCUCCAAAAUCCCCGCCGAGAAACUAACCCACGUCCUCUACGCCUUCGCCGACAACAAACCCGACGGCACCGUCUUCCUCACCGACACCUGGUCCGACCUGGAAAAGCACUACGAAGGCGACUCCUGGAACGACGUCGGCACAAACAUGUACGGCAACCUCAAACAACUCAACCUCCUGAAGCGCCGCAACCGCAACCUCAAGAUCCUCCUCAGCAUCGGCGGCUGGACCUAUACGAACACAAACAAACACUUGGAUGAACCAGCGGGAAAUCGAGAAGGGCGGCUGCGAUUCGCGAAAAGCUGCGUCCAGCUGAUCAAAGACAUGGGCUUCGACGGCAUAGACAUCGAUUGGGAGUAUCCCCAGAACCCAGGUCAGGGAGAACAACUGCUCCUCCUCCUCCAAGCCAUCCGCGAGGAAAUGGACGCCUACGCUCGAUCCCUAGUUACCCGCCAUGGAUACCCCCGAGCGCCGCACUUCGAACUCAGCAUCGCUGCUCCAGCGGGGAAGACGAAUUACCAGAACCUCCCCCUCGAUCGAUUAGCGGGUGUGUUGGACUUCAUCAACCUCAUGGCCUACGACUACUCGGGCGCCUGGGAAACCGCCACGUCCCACCAGGCGAACCUCUACGCCUCGCAGUCGAACCCCCGCUCCACGCCCUUCAACACGCACGGCGUCAUAAACGACUACCUCGCCGCGGGCGUGCCGAGCGAGAAAAUCGUCCUGGGGAUGCCGCUGUAUGGUCGCGCGUUUCCCCAUACCGAGGGCAUGGGGAAACCGUUUGGGGGCGUCGGCGAUGGCGAUUGGGAGAAGGGCAUCUGGGAUUAUAAAAACCUGCCGAAGCCGGGGUCGCAGCUGCUGUAUGAUAGCGAGGCGGAGGCGCAUUAUUCGUGGGAUCCGGCGAAUGGCGGGACGGUGAUUACGUAUGAUACACCCUUCAUCGCGCAACGGAAAGCCGAUUACAUUGUCCAGCGCAAACUCGGCGGCGCCAUGUGGUGGGAACUCAGCGGAGACCGCCCCGUGACGGACGCGAAUAGUCUUAUUCUCAACACACUGAACCGCCUUACCACCGCGCCCAAUAACGGCAAGAUCAGCUUCAGCGAAAACUGGGUCUGGUAUCCGGACUCCAAGUUUGACAAUCUGCGGACGGGGUUUCCAAAGGAUAAUGUCCCGAUUGUGGAAAUUUGACGAGUGGGCUUUGAAGGAGCACGGUGUUCAAGAGAAAAUGCAGUUAUAGGAAUGGUAAUGGGAAUCUGAUUUGUUUUCGUUUGAGAUGCAUGGACGAGACGAGCAGAAAGAGAU